ACUAAAGCCCUGUACCUUAAAAGGACAAAACAUUUUACUGUAUUACUCUCUUCUAUUAAUUACUAGCAUAAUUAUCAAGUGAAGUUUGUAAAAGGCUGAUGUUGAGUAAGACUGAGGAUAACCAUUUUAAAUGAGCUCUGACGCUCCUACUGGAAGCAAAAUGGACCAAUAGGAUGAAAUCACACGAUAAACCAAGCUGCCAUUAUUAUUUUGACACGAAUUGAUACGAGACAAUAUUGUUACUUCGAAUGAACAGUUGCAAAUUGUUGGUAAUAAAAUGGACCCAGUAACUAAUGUGCUUGGUAUUGAUAAAGUAGAUAUGGGCGGAAAAUUCAUUUUAAUCGAGGAACGACCUAACAGCAACGCACAUUUUGUGUUAAAUUCAAUUAUUAUCAAUGCGUUAAAUAAAAAUUACGGAAUUUGUUUUGUACUUUUUCAUAGUACCUUUAAUCAUUAUCAUAACGUGGGUAUGAAAUUUGGUUAUAAUCUUACAAUGUUAAGAGCAGAAGGUAAGGUUAAUCUUAUAGAACCAAUGAAAAUUAUUGCAUCGAAUAUUCAAUGCACAGUCGAUGAAGAAACACACAAACUACAAGAAGCUGAUACUAAAGUAACACCUAAUAUCAGUAGCAUCAUAAAUGAUAGCUUGUGUAGGACUAUAAGAAAUGGAUACUAUGAAAUGACAAAAAAUAACCAUGUGGUUAUUGUAAUUGAUGAUUUGAGUCACCUUUACAAUUUAGGAUUCACUUUAAGAGACUCUAUGUAUUGCCUAAGAUACAUAAGAUCGCUCAUUGAACACGACAAUACAUCCCAAUUGUGUAUUGUAAUACAUACGUAUGAACGUGAACUGCAGAGUUGCAUUGCGAAUGUAGCUGCAGAUACUUUAAAACAUAUGGCUCAUUUAUUUGUUAUAAUUGAUUCCCUUGAAACAGGAUAUUCUAGCGAUAUGUCUGGAAAAAUAACAAUUAAUUGGAGAAUAGAUUGCAUCCGAAGAACACACAAUUGGUCAGAGAUAUCAAAAUACCUGUAUAAGUUGUCAGAUCGACAAGUAAAAAUUUACACAUCUGGUCAUUAGUUAU